GUCGAACGGUUCGCGUUGGGCGUCGGUGCAAAGUAAGACGUGUUCAGCAACGGAAUCAGUCCAACUCGCCACUAGGCAGCCAAGGUCCUUCCGUGUUUUCGUGUACAGGACAUCGACAACUGGGAGCUAGCACGUCGACGGCGACAAGAUGCUGAGGUUCGCUGCCAUUGCCACCAUCGGGGUGCUGCUGUGCGCCGUCCAGUGCGUCAAAGUGGACUAUUACGGCUCGCUGUACAACCCCAGGGACGAGCUGCACGCGCCGUACCACGAGAAGGAGGACAAGCAGGACUUCAGCAAAAUUCCCGGCGUGCCCGGCGUCGACUACCCCAUCUACCACGAGGUUCCGCACACCAGCUUCCACUGCGGUAACGUUCCGGCCAUCCCCGGCAUGUACGCCAACGUCGAGACCGGCUGCCAGGCCUACCAUACCUGCCACGAUGGGCGCGAAGGUCACCAGGGAGCGUCGUUCCUCUGCACCAACGGGACGAUCUUCAACCAGAAGGAAUUCGCCUGCGACUGGUGGUACAAUGUCAAGUGCGAAGAGGCUCCCAGCUUCUACCGCCUGAAUGCCGACCCCGAGCACAAUCCCUUCACGCCCAAGCGCAAGCCCGAGGACGAGCACCAGAAAUUCCUCAUUCACGUUUAGAAGCGGACCGGCUCGGUUUCGCUCUUGUUGAGAUUUACAUGUUC